CCUGUUCUAAAGAGCAUGGAGGAGGCCUUAGGGUACAAUGGGGUGGACCCCACGGCACGGUACUUUGAGUGCAUUCGUCUCGGCAAAGUGGAGGAUGUGAAGGAUAUUCUUGAUGGGAAGUACAGACCCUUUUGAGAGCAGUAUCGAGAAGGAGCCAUGCCUUGUUGAGGCUGAUGCGCAGCUGUGCCAUCCACUGUGUUCUUGUGAUAAGUGUGAGCGAAUAGUGUCAAAACCCAAGAAAGAUCUGAUGCCCACAAUUCAUACGAGGGACGAGAGGGGUUACACAGGACUUCAUGUUGCUUGCAUUUUUGGCAGGCCGACGGUGGUGGAAUUGUUAGUGAGUCUCGGUGCAGAUCUAACGGCCACUGAUUUCCGCGGGGCGACUCCCCUCCAUUAUGCUGCACAGCGAGGCCACCAGAAUGCCCUGUUACUGUUGUUACAUGCUGGUGCUGAUAUGAAUAAGUGUGAUAGUGACUCUAAUACCCCUUUGCAUUUGUGUUCACUAAAUGGUCAUGUUACGUGUGUUAAGGCGUUACUCUUUUAUGCUGAAUCUAUAGGCUGUGAAAUAGCAAUUAAUGCCCAGAAUAAUGUGCUAGACACCCCUCUGCAUCUAGCCAGUAGAUGGGGUUAUUCUGCCAUUGUAGAGUUGCUCCUGGAUCGCAUGCUGAUGCUGGGAUUAAGUCUAAAGGUUCUAAAUAACAGAAAAUUAACCCCUAUCGAGUGUGCACAUAAUCUACACAUUGCUAGGAUGAUACUGGAUGCCAAGAUGAAGAAUGAUGAGAGAAGACUCCAGGGAUUUGUCAGAGUGGAUACUGAAUGUGCUAGUCCACCCACGCACGCAUCUCAGACAAGAUCACUUGAUUUUGAAAGAGGUCUCGAAAGUGCCCAGAGGAGGCUCUUUUCUCCAGAUAAUCCAAAUGAAAUAAAGCAGGUAGAGAGACUGCUCAAAGUGGUAGCAGUAGGUGAUGUGAAAUUAGCUUGCUUUUACAUGAAUAUUGAGGAAGAAAUAAAUCCUGGUCAGGAAGUGUCUGCUCCAAAAGCACUCUGUCACCCUCUGUGCCAGUGUUCUGAAUGUGCACCAAAAUCUCAUCACAAUCAGGAAAAUCCAAACUCGUUUAAAGCAACGUCAAUAAACGCCUGCAACAGUGAUGGCUAUACACCUCUUCACAUAGCAGUAUUGCAUGGUCAUGUCCACAUGGCCAAGGUGCUAGUGGCACAGGGAGCGGACACAAACCUACAAACGCGCAGCAAGAAACUAACAGCUCUGCACAUCGCUGCCCAGAACUGCAAUCUGCCACUGAUGGAAGUGUUAGUGAGUCACGGAGCGCAGGUUGAUCUGAAAGAUAUAUGUGGUAAUUCCGCGCUGCACUACUGUAGCCUAAAGGGCUUUACCCAGGGAGUCGCCCUUUUGUUGCAGUGGAAAGCUUCCAAGGAUAUCACCAACCUCUCUCACAACACUCCUGCGCAGGAGGCAGAAGAGCGAGGCCACUGGAACAUCGUUGAAAUGAUUUUCGGCAAAACUGUGCCGAACUAAUGGAACUUUAGACUACACAAUGAAAUAAUAAUAAAAAAAAA